AGAGACUCGCACUCCGCUCGGGAAUCGUGGCUCGUUCGGCUGGCUCUGGGAAUCUGGCGUCGGUGUCAGUAGGUUUUUGAACGCCGCUGAGAGCAGCUGCAUAUUUUCGAGAUACGGAUACGGUUAGCUUCGUUGCAGCAGCACACCACCAACCAUCAACAUGGCGGUCUUUGGCAUGGUCUCGGCCGUGUCCGGCUUCAUCAAGAUACGCUAUCUGCUGGACAAGGCGAUCAUCGACAACAUGGUGUUCCGCUGCCACUACAGGAUCACGACCGCCAUUCUCUUCACCUGUUGCAUUAUCGUUACUGCAAACAAUCUGAUCGGCGAUCCCAUAAGUUGCAUCAACGAUGGCUCCAUACCCAUGCACGUGAUCAACACUUUCUGCUGGAUCACCUAUACCUUCACGAUACCUGGUCAGCAGCAUCGGCAGAUCGGAACGGACGUGGCUGCACCCGGUUUGGGCAAUGAUUAUGGCCAAGAGAAGCGCUACCACAGCUACUACCAGUGGGUGCCAUUCGUGCUAUUCAUGCAGGGGCUCAUGUUCUACGUGCCCCACUGGGUUUGGAAGAACAUGGAGGAUGGCAAGAUCCGCAUGAUCACCGAUGGACUGCGUGGCAUGGUCAGUGUGCCGGAUGAUUAUCGACGGGAUCGUCAGGACCGGAUCCUCAAGUACUUCGUGAACAGCUUGAACACGCACAAUGGCUACUCAUUCGCAUAUUUCUUCUGCGAACUGCUGAACUUUAUCAAUGUGAUUGUGAAUAUAUUUAUGGUGGAUAAGUUCCUGGGCGGUGCUUUUAUGUCCUACGGAACGGAUGUGGUAAAGUUCUCCAAUAUGGACCAGGACAAGCGCUACGAUCCCAUGAUCGAGAUCUUCCCCCGACUAACCAAGUGUACGUUCCACAAGUUCGGUCCCAGUGGAUCGAUCCAGAAACACGACACACUCUGUGUGCUGGCACUGAAUAUCCUCAAUGAGAAGAUCUACAUCUUCCUGUGGUUCUGGUUUAUAAUCCUGGCCACCAUCUCUGGCGUGGCUGUGUUGUAUUCUCUGGUGGUUAUCAUGAUGCCCACCACCCGGGAGACCAUCAUCAAGCGUUCCUACCGCUCAGGACAGCGCAAGGAAAUCGCCGGUUUGGUCAGGCGCUUGGAGAUUGGUGACUUCCUGAUCUUGCACUUCCUUAGCCAGAAUCUCAGCACAAGAUCGUACAGCGAUAUGCUGCAGCAGCUUUGCAGCCUGCUCGGAGCAUCCCGAACCCCAUCGGCCCCAUCGACCCUGGAAAUGAACCCCAUCAGCCAUCCGAUAUACCCGCCCGUGGAGAGCUUCGGCGGCGGCAAGGAGACGGAGACAUGAGCCCCCAUUCCGCGGUGGCUUCAAAAACAAUGAUUUCAAUGAUUUCUCAAUAAUAUUUGUAGGGGGGACACGAUAGAGAGAGUUGUGUGUCAUGAGGUUAGGCAUUUCCAUUUCCGUUUCCAUUUGCACCACUCACAGACUGCAAGAGAACGAAUCAAAAGUUGCACUUUCGGACAUCCAACUCAGUAAUAAUCUAUGCGAAAUAUAUUUAGCGAAAUUGUAAGAAAAUAAACUUUGAAUUCGGUCGUAGGCAAGUGAAAGACAGGUGCAUGCAGUUCGUCAUUGACACGAGGUGAGCCACAGAGUGAGACAUCGAGGGAGGAGAUAGUAAUGCGAGGGGGACAUAGGCAGACCGUGCAAUUUGUAGGUUGAAGAUUGAACGACGAGGUGGACAAGGAGGACCCCAUUAAACGAUUUUGCUACUUGGUAUCGUAGUUAGGUCGUUGACAAUGAUGCGCCAUUUUAAAUAUACAAUUAAGUUUAACAGUUAGCUCGAUAGUGGAUAGUGGAUAGUUCGGAUCGAUCGAUCCCUAAUGAGGAAUACCUAUGCAGCUAAAUAUAUAUCUGCUUAUCGCUCACGCACGCUCACGAAACGUUGAUCUAUAUAAAAUUGUAGUAAUCGAAUGAUACGAGUACGACGAGGAAUAUAAUUAUGAAUAUUUAAAUGAGUAUACACAAUGCUCUCGCUAUUUUUGUCCUAACAUUUAGUCUACAGAUAUAUUGUAAUUUUAAGGAAUUUUGUUUAUAACAAAAUUAUUGUGAUUAUUGCUAGAAAAGAACACAUUUUACAUAAAGCAAAAGAGAACCCAAGCUAUCUAAGUUCAAAGUUGUAAUAAAUAUUCUAUAUACAAUUUCAGCUAAA